GUAUUAUGGGAUGGCAGUGGACUGCAUGACAUCAUUUAUUUUCAUUUCUUGUUCUGUUGACGUCCACACCUUCCAUCGUAAAGUUGGAAGAGAUUUUGGGACGCGGAUUUGACGGAGAAGUGAUCAUCUUCCAAGCUUCUGCAACGCAGAGGGACAUCGCUUUGCGUGUACUUCUUUAGUUCUAUCUUGAAGCGUUAUCUUAGGGCGCCAGUUCAUGAAAUGACGACGGAGGUCGAACAGCCUUCCAGCAUGGUUUACGUGCAAGCAAGUGAACUCUUCCCGAAGAAGACGCUUGCUUCAGAAGACGAUUCUGCCCAGGUGCCAUUUCCUGAGCUCUGUGGUGAAAGUGUCGAAUAUCUUGAAAGGACAUCUGAUGCCAUUCUUGCCCUUUCAAACUUUCGUCUCUUCAUUCGCUUUAACGAUUCAUUUGUGAAUGUCCCUUUGCGUUUAAUAGAGUCUGUGGAAAUGAAGGAUCUUUUCUUGAUGGAUAUCAACUGUAAAGAUGCUAGAUCAUUUAGGAUUUUAUUUGACAACAGUGAGCAGUGCUUGAAUUGUUAUCACCGUCUGAUCCUCUGCAUUUCCCCCAUCUCACGCCUUGAAGAUCUUUUUGCUUUUGCUUUCCAUGCUUGGUGCUUGGACUCAAAGCAGUCUAACUCAGUACAAGAGGGUGAAUUUACCACCUUCUGUCAAAGAGGCUGCUGCCUAACGGGCNUCAUGUCGGAGGUUAGGAGAAUGGGUUUUGAUAAUCUCCAUGAUGCCUGGAGGAUCACAGACAUAAACUCCAACUUUAGGUUAUGCUCCACCUAUCCCAAACUUCACAUUGUGCCAGCCAUGAUUUCAGACAAUGAGAUGGAGGCUGUGGUAAAGUUCAGGACUUCAGGAAGAUUUCCAUCUGUUGUGUGGAGGCACAUGACCAAUGGAGCAGUAAUAGCACGUUGUAGUCAACCUGAGGUGGGCUGGCUUGGCUGGCGCAGUCAGGAGGAUGAAAACCUUCUACACGCAAUAGGAACAGCCUGUGCAAUGGACUCUGUGUCUGCUUCCCUUAAGAAGCAACUUCUGAAGGAGAUGGGCCACAAAAAUUAUCACAAAAAUGGCCACAUGGAUGCCAUUCCUAAUGGGGAUAUAAUCCAGGAUGGUAGUGAUAAUGAUGAUGAGAAUAAGAAAGCAUCAUCAAAGAGUGGUGCUGUGGAACAACGCAAAGUUCUGGUUGUAGAUGCUCGGGCCUACUCUGCUGCUGUGGUCAAUAGGGCCAAAGGGGGAGGUUGCGAGUGUGAAGAGUAUUACCCAGGCUGUGAAGUGUUGUUUAUGAACCUAGCAAACAUCCAUGCUAUAAGGAAGAGCUUCCAUAGUCUGAGAACAUUGUGUUCUGGUCCGAGGGAUGCACCUAAUUGGUGGUCCAGUUUGGAGAAGACCAAUUGGCUUCACAAUAUUUCACUGUUACUGAAGGCAACCAACAUUGUGGUAAAUGCCAUUGAUAAGGAGCAGAGACCUGUGGUGGUUCACUGCAGUGAUGGCUGGGACAGAACAACUCAGAUUGUUGCCCUGGCAGAGCUGAUGUUGGACCCAUACUACAGGACAAUUGAGGGCUUCCAAGUAUUGGUGACACGUGAGUGGUUGGAGUUUGGUCAUCGUUUUGCCGAUAGGUGUGGUCACGGGCAGAAUCAUGACGAAAACCAGAGAUGUCCAGUAUUUCUUCAGUGGCUUGACUGUGUUCACCAACUCACCAGGCAGUUUCCUUGCUCCUUUGAGUUCAAUGAAACCUUUUUGGUGAAAUUGGCCCAACAUGUAUAUUCCUGCCUGUUUGGAACUUUCCUUUGCAACAGUGAAAGUGAACGUCUCAAGGCAAACAUUGUAAAGCGCACGUUCUCUGUGUGGUCUUUGUUAAAGCUGAGAAGAAAAGAGUUCAAAAAUUACUUGUAUUCCUCGUCAUCUGAACAGGUUCUCCAGGCCUCCUGUCAACCUCGUUGUCUACAGCUAUGGUCAUCUGUGUAUCUAGCAUAUCAUACACCUUAUUCUGAGACUGUGUUGGAGAAUGUUGACACAAGUGACUAUGGGGACUCUGUGAGCAGCGCUUGUGUUACUCCUGUCUCUCCAGUAUUCCCUAGUGGUAAUGGCAUUAUUGACCAACAGGAGGAGGUCACACCCACCCCUCACGUUACAGCAUCCAAGUCUGAUGGAAACCUAAUGUGCAAAGACUGUUUCAAAAUUCAGCAAGAAAAAGAAGACAGUAGGAAAGAAUUUGGUAAUAUAGAUAGAGACUUAAAAUCUAAGAGUUGUCCUGAGUGUAGGACCUCCUUUUCACAAAAUGACCUUUCAGGGAGCACAUCAACGCUAGAGGAUGUUAGUGAUUCGGCUGCUUGUGAUUCUAGAAGUUUGUAUCUUAGCACUUCAGAGUCUUGUGUGGCAAGUGUUGUUUCAUGCGAAGACAGUGUCAAAGAAAUUGAAAGCAGUAGCAUGACAAGCAGUACGGCUACAGUUAUUCUAGACACAAGCGAAGGAGAAACUCCUGUUGACAAUGAAACUUCCUCCUUGUCUGAAAAGCUCUCAACUGAUAAUUCACUGAAAGAGAUGCAAGAGAAUGUUUCAUCACCUGAAGAAAUAAAUUCUACCAGUGAGGAAAUUUUCCAAGAAACUUGCAAUUCUGAUCAUUUGACAUUAGACAGUUCAAACUGUAGUAAAGAUAUCCCUUGUGAUGAAGAAGGGACAGAGUGUAUAGAAACCUCUGUUCCACCAUCCAAUUCUUCAAGUGACUCAACACUAACAAGCAAUGCUCGAGAGGCAUUUCCUAGCACAUCAACACUAAGGCCUAGUUCAUCAGAACUCUUCACUAGGUACCUGGAUGUGGAUGGAUUGACACAUGUUUCUGACCCAGUACAGGAUAGGCUGCGGCAAAUUGAAAUGGUGCAUCAGGCUAAGGUAGAGUCAUUGCAAAGGCAGCUCCUGGAUGUCCAGAGGAGGCGGGCAACAGGGGGCGAAGGAGGUGCAUCAGGACAGACCAGUGAUCUUGCUGAUGAAGUGUGUUCCUUGCCUGAGUCAAAUGUUAGUGGAGACCAGCCUCCCCUCUCUCUUGGGAGCACUGAUGAGGGAAGCUGGAUCCAAGUAGAUGAGAAUGAGGCGCAGCCUACACUGUGGGUCCCAGACCAUGCUGCUACUAACUGUGCCAAGUGUGAUACACAGUUUUGGAUUGCCAAUAGAAAACAUCAUUGCAGGAACUGUGGCCUUGUGUUUUGUGGGACGUGUUCUGAAAAGAGAGUACCACUACCUGAAGAACAGCUUUAUGACCCGGUGAGGGUUUGCGUUGCCUGUUUUGAAAAGCUGGUCACCCUUCAAGAACGAGAGAAUGGAGAACGGAGGCAGUCUGAAGUGGCAGGAUCAUAACUUUUUUUUUCAGCCAUUGUUGACCACUUAGUUGUUUAGGUUGUUCACAUUAGAUAGACUCCAUGUUUCAAACAGUUAAACUGUGGCCCACGUUGUCAGCAGAUUGUGGGACAUUUUUUAUUGUGUUAAGAUGAUUUGGAUAAUUUUGUCAUUAGAUUUAAUUCUUUAAGCUCAGUGUUGAUCGGCUUCUUUUCACAUUGCGUUGCAAAGUGAAACACCCAACUCUUAAGGAUGUGGUAAAUAAUCGAUUUGGUGAAAUGGCCUUGCUACAUGAUCAAAUUUCAUAUUCUCCAAAAGUACCUGAGGGUCAAUAAAUAGGAAUUGUUCUAAGUUGACAUCAGGGCUAAAAGAGUUAAUACAUCAUGCAAGUCCCCCAGUUAGGACAGUAAGAAAUAUACGGAGGGCUAGAAGAGAAAUUCUAUGCUGACAUCGAUGCCUGGAGAGAAACAUGAAUUGUCAUUUGUCAUUACGAUUUUUCCACCAAAAUGUUUUAUUUUCAAAUACUGCUGUGUUGCACUUUCCUUUCCUGCUAGCGAAAUUUUACAGAUAUCUUUACCCUCCAGGCCUUAUCAUUCUUUUGACUGACCUCAGUUCAUACCAGCCUAGUUAAGGUGAAUCGGUUGGCUUGUGAAAACCGUACUUCAUGUUUGAUUUUGAUUAAUAGACUCUUUUGACAAGGUUAGAAACCAAAAAAGUAUUUAGUAAACAAUUAUUUAUGUUACAAAAUUUUCUAAUAAUAUUAUGUCGAAAUUGUGUACAUAUGCAAAAUAUAUUUGUUCAAAACUGAAAAAUGAUUUUUCCAAAAGGCCUUUUUUUCGUAUUUUUUUGUGUAGAACCUAUUUUGACUGAUGUUCAUUUGAAUUUCUUGUAUAAUUAUUAGGUAUUCUAAAAACAAAGAAAAAAAUUCAUGUUAAUUGACAGUCUAUCAUGUUUUUGUGAAAAAUGGUAGCUAGACUUAAAAAACUACCCUCGAGAAAUUGUUAAUUAUGUACAAAAAGAAAGAAAAAGAGUUUUUUUUUUCGAUAAGAUAUUACAGCAACAUUGUUCUUUAUAGCGGGUUAUCCUUACUAGUUAAUUCUGUAUUGUUUUGGUAUUAAUUGGGUAUAGGUUGGACAGUUAAAAAAUUUAAGUUCUCUCCCCUGUCAGGCUGGAAAACAAGUGCCGUUUCCAGCAAAUCUUCGCCGAAGCACUCGGAAUAAUUCCCGACUCUUACUAUCCAAUCAGAGAUAACCCGAGCAUUCCCGAACACACUAAGUGUUCACGUCCGGAAGGCGCUACCAGAAGAAGUGAUGUUGCUUAGCAACGUCUCACGGUAAACUGCGGGCUCGACGAUAUUCCAACGGAAUAUAAUUCCGCGUAGCUUCGGGGGAAGUGAACUUGGUUACUUGUUUUCCUGGCCGGUUAGAAAGGUGCAUUUGUUUUGUACCUUAAAUUUGUUUGCGAGUUGGUAAUGGAGCGCUGUUCCCGAAGACCGCUGAAAGAAAUUUGUGAAUGGUUUGGUUUGGUAUCCUCAGACCGGGAAAGCAGGGCUUUGCCAAUCUUAGUGGUAAUUUAAUUACGGGAAAUGAUUGUGCCAGCCUUUGAUAGUUUAAUAAAAGUCACUACAAAAGUGAG